GCGGGGCGGCGCGGGCGGUUCAGCACCAGGGAGAGCGCCCGCACCGCUCCGCACCCCCCGCGCCGAGCCGGGCCGGGCCGCGCCGGGGCCGCGGAUGGGGCCGCGCUGAGCCGGGCGGGCGGCCCGCGGGCCGGGCGGGCGGGCGGGCGCGGGGGGCCCGGCGGGCUCCGGGCCGCCCGUGGAUGAGCACCAUGCGGCUGCUGCUGCUCGCCCUCCUCUUCUCCUCCUCCUUCGCCCGCGCCGGCUGCGACCCCAAGAUCGUCAACAUCGGCGCGGUGCUGAGCACCAAGAAGCACGAGCAGAUCUUCCGCGAGGCGGUGAACCAGGCCAACAAGCGGCACGGCACCUGGAAGCUCCAGCUCAACGCCACCUCUGUCACCCACAAGCCCAACGCCAUCCAGAUGGCCCUGUCCGUCUGCGAGGACCUCAUCUCCAGCCAGGUCUAUGCAAUAUUAGUUAGCCACCCUCCUGCUCCCAACGAUCACCUAACACCAACACCUGUAUCAUACACAGCUGGCUUCUACAGGAUCCCUGUCAUUGGUCUGACAACACGCAUGUCUAUAUAUUCUGAUAAGAGCAUCCACCUGUCCUUUUUGCGCACGGUCCCUCCAUACUCUCACCAGGCCAACGUCUGGUUUGAGAUGAUGAGAGUCUUCAACUGGAACCACGUCAUUCUGAUAGUCAGUGACGACCACGAAGGUCGUGCUGCACAAAAGAAGCUGGAGACCCUCUUGGAGGAGAAAGAGUCCAAGAGUAAAAAAAGGAACUAUGAAAACCUCGACCAACUUUCCUAUGACAACAAGCGAGGACCCAAGGCUGAGAAAGUGCUUCAGUUUGACCCUGGAACCAAAAAUGUGACAUCGCUGCUGCUGGAGGCGAAGGAGCUGGAGGCUCGAGUCAUCAUCCUCUCUGCCAGUGAGGACGAUGCAGCCACGGUGUACAGAGCAGCAGCCAUGCUCAACAUGACGGGCUCGGGCUAUGUGUGGCUGGUGGGGGAGCGGGAGAUCUCGGGCAGUGCCCUGCGUUACGCCCCUGAUGGAGUGAUCGGUUUGCAGCUCAUCAAUGGGAAGAACGAGUCCGCCCACAUCAGCGACGCUGUUGCCGUGGUGGCACAGGCUGUGCACGACUUGUUUGAGAAGGAGAACAUCACAGACCCACCACGGGGCUGCGUGGGCAACACCAACAUCUGGAAGACAGGACCCCUUUUCAAGAGGGUGUUGAUGUCCUCCAAGUACUCGGAGGGUGUCACUGGCCGCGUGGAGUUCAAUGAGGACGGGGACAGGAAGUUUGCCAACUACAGCAUCAUGAACCUGCAGAACCGGAAACUGGUCCAAGUUGGGAUUUACAACGGCAGCAAUGUCUUGACCAACGACAGGAAGAUUAUCUGGCCCGGGGGGGAAACUGAGAAACCUCAAGGCUAUCAGAUGUCGACCAAGUUGAAGAUCGUGACGAUCCACCAAGAGCCCUUUGUGUAUGUGAAGCCCACGCAAGCAGAUGGGACAUGCAGGGAGGAAUUCACCAUCAAUGGAGAUCCUGUGAAAAAGGUCUUCUGCACUGGACCCAACGAGACCAUCCCAGGCCGUCCCACAGUGGCUCUGUGCUGCUACGGCUUCUGCAUCGACCUGCUCAUCCGGCUGGCAGGGGUCAUGAACUUCACCUAUGAGGUUCACCUGGUGGCUGAUGGUAAAUUUGGUACCCAAGAGCGGGUGAACAACAGCAACAAGAAGGAGUGGAACGGGAUGAUGGGGGAGCUGCUGAGCGGCCAAGCAGACAUGAUUGUGGCUCCCCUCACCAUCAACAACGAGCGGGCUCAGUACAUCGAGUUCUCCAAGCCCUUCAAGUACCAGGGACUCACCAUCCUUGUGAAGAAGGAAAUCCCCCGCAGCACCUUGGACUCGUUCAUGCAGCCCUUCCAGAGCACCCUCUGGCUGCUGGUGGGGCUGUCCGUGCACGUGGUGGCAGUGAUGUUGUACCUCUUAGACCGAUUCAGCCCGUUUGGCCGGUUCAAAGUAAACAGUGAGGAGGAGGAGGAAGAUGCCCUGACCCUCUCCUCAGCCAUGUGGUUCUCCUGGGGGGUCCUGCUGAACUCUGGCAUUGGAGAAGGUGCUCCCCGGAGUUUCUCUGCCCGUAUUCUUGGCAUGGUGUGGGCUGGCUUUGCUAUGAUCAUUGUGGCUUCAUACACUGCCAACCUGGCAGCCUUCCUGGUGUUAGACCGACCUGAGGAGAGAAUCACAGGCAUCAAUGACCCCCGGCUGCGCAACCCCUCCGAUAAGUUCAUCUACGCCACGGUGAAGCAGAGCUCCGUGGACAUCUACUUCCGACGGCAGGUGGAGCUGAGCACCAUGUACCGGCACAUGGAGAAGCACAACUACGAGAGCGCUGCCGAAGCCAUCCAGGCAGUGAGGGACAACAAGCUCCACGCCUUCAUCUGGGACUCGGCCGUGCUGGAGUUUGAAGCCUCCCAGAAGUGUGACCUGGUGACGACGGGGGAGCUUUUCUUCCGCUCUGGCUUCGGGAUCGGGAUGCGCAAGGACAGCCCAUGGAAGCAGAACGUCUCCCUGGCCAUCCUCAAGUCCCACGAGAACGGCUUCAUGGAGGACUUGGACAAGACUUGGGUGAGGUAUCAAGAGUGUGAUUCCCGUAGCAAUGCCCCAGCAACACUCACCUUUGAGAACAUGGCAGGUGUGUUUAUGCUGGUGGCUGGAGGUAUUGUUGCCGGGAUAUUUUUAAUAUUCAUAGAAAUAGCUUACAAAAGGCAUAAGGACGCGCGGAGGAAGCAGAUGCAGCUGGCGUUUGCGGCCGUUAAUGUGUGGAGGAAAAACCUGCAGAGAGAACUGAGAAGGAGGAGCAAAUGUAUCCCCGAGCAUGCUCUACGCACCAGCGGGAUACAUUUUGGUUACCCCCGUGCGGUAGCAGAGCCAGACCUGGUCACUCCGUCCCCCGUCGGAAAGGUCACACUCAUUGGCACGAAAGCAAUUGGGGAGGAAUCGUUGUCAGCGCCCGCCGCCGAGCGCGGCCGGUCCCCUCGGCUCGCUGCCCCCGCACCAUGGCGGCUGGUGCUCCCAGCCUGCGCCAACCAGGAUAGAAAAAGUGGUAGAGCAGAACCUGACCCUAAAAAGAAAGCCACUUUUAGGUCCAUCACCUCCACCCUGGCCUCCAGCUUCAAGAGACGUAGGUCCUCCAAGGAUACGCCCUGCAGAAUGGUCCCUCAGGAGUGCCAGAGAGACAGGCUGGCACCAUGGAGCCAAGACAGCCCUGGGAAGCUACCACCCCACUCUGAACGUCCUAGCGCCCACCAUCACCCGAGCUGCACAGCCUCUCCGCGGCACAUCAUCCCCACCGCCCCAGGAGGAGAUGCAUGUGUUCCCCAUAGGCAGCUCCUGCAACUCGAAUAGCACUCGCAGAGCUGACGUACUGCCAUCCAUCGCAGCCACCCACGAUACUGCAACCCCACAGACGCCAUGUGAGACGCAUAAACCACACAGACACCCUCCGAGCCGGCACAUUUCCUACAGACACGUAACGAGGUGCACAGGUCCCUUAGCCGCCCCCCCAGCCAUCGGCAGCCCCCGCAGAGACACAUUGCCAGCCCGUGGGCACCCCCAGGCACGGCACGACACACGUCCCACGUCACCGCCAAGGGCGCGGCGCUGCCGGCGGUGCUGCCCUGCAGCCGUGGGGAUGGUGCCAGAGCUGGUCGAGAGCCGAGGGGCUUCAUGGAAAAGGUCACCUUCUCAGUGAAGGAUCAGCUGUCCCAAAGCCAAAUGCUUGUUGGCUGAAAAAAAGAGCCUAGUUUUUUUUUGGCCCAAAAGAACCAAAAGUAGGUCAAAGACAACUUUUUUUUUUUUUUUUUAAAGGGAAGUUGAUAUUUUCUACAGCAAGAUUGCAUUUAGCUGGAAUCCUAAUUUUUAAUUGAAAAAAAAAAAAAACAAACAACCACAAACCAAAAUUCUUCCAGAAAACUCUUCCACUAGCCAGGGACUACCAUAUGAGCCCAGUUAGGUUGAAGUCAUUUUUAAAGACAUUAAGUUCUUGUCUAUAUUUUCUUCCUGGUUGUCAUUUAAAGUUUUUGGUGCCUUCACUUCACUUCCAUACCUUAACAUGUUUGAGUCUCUUCUACGGUUAAUAUUGAUUAAUUUCUUGGCUUUAUGAUGUUUGGUUUGGGGAUUAUUGCACCAUCCCUGUAACAUAAUUUACCCUAAAUUACUGAUAUGUGCUUCUAGCAUUAGUCCUACUUUAACAUAAUUUUGAUAUGACCGUUUUCUUGCUUUUUUUUGUUUUUCUUUUUUUCUUUUAAUUUUAAUUUUUAUUAUUAAAAAUUGCAUGCAUGAACAAAAAAAACAGUAAAUGAGAAUGUUACCCUGUGACAACUCUGUGAUUGGAGGAGAUAUGCUUUCAAAUCAAAAGCCAUGCUCUUGUAUUUUAA